AUGCAGCGCCAGUCUUAUGUUGGGUCUGUUGGAGCCCUUUGCCUUUGCUCGUUGGCGAAUGCAUUCGUGAUUGUCAGCAUCUUUCCGUAUGCAGGAUAUAUGGUGCUUGGACUACUGCCAGACACGACACCUGAGAGUGUUGGUGGAUACGCGGGAAUAUUGUCAUCCAGUUUCAUGCUGGGCCGUUGUGGGACGGCCUACCUAUGGGGAGAAAUUGCAGAUCAAAAGGGUCGAAUCUUUGUCUUGCAAUGUUCAUUGAUUCUGUCGGCAAUGUUUUCGAUACUCUUUGGAAUGUCCACAAGCUUUUUCAUGGCGAUUGUCUGGAGACUGUGCCUGGGUCUAUCUAGUGCAGUUACGAGCACCACCAAAACAUUGGCCUCUGAAAUUGGCCAUGGCGAUGAAGAGAUUGAAAAGCAAGCCAUGGGACUCGUCGUCGGAAUGAGAUCCUGGGGAUUCUUAUUGGGCCCUGCGGUUGGUGGAUUGUUGUCACAGCCGAUUCAGCAAUAUCCAAAGCAUUUCGAAGGCAAUAGAUUUCAGUCAAAAUUGUUUGGCUCGUUUCCCUAUCUGUUGCCAAACAUUGCGGUUGCCGUCACUUGUCUCCUGGCAGCAAUUCUGGUGUCCUUUACCCUAUCCGAGACGCUGGACGAUGACAAUCAGAAGAAAAAGAGUCACCGACAUUUGGAAAAUAGUACGAAUGAUGACGACGGGGGUGAUACAGAAGACGACGUGGCCUCGUCAAACGAGCAAACCAAACUGUUGGUGGCACCACAAGAAGGGCUUAUUGCAAAUCAAGAUGAACCAGAAAUACUGGUACCAAUCUGGAGCCGAAAGCCGACACAAGCACACAUGAUUUUCAAUUGGAUAUUUUCCUUUGUGGUCACUGUCAUUGAUGAUGGAUUUCCGCUGUUCACAAUUUCAUCUGUUGGCGGUCUGGGGUUCCAAGAAAAGGAUAUUGGACAAGUUCUGAGUUUGGCUGGUCUCAUUUUUGCACUUGGUCAAUAUGCAACUUAUCAUACCAUCAUUCACCGAUUCGGAGUCUCCCAAUCAAUCACAGUGGGAUGUGCGCUUGGUCUGGUUCCCCUGUCAUUGAUUCCAGUAUCGGUAUGGAUGAUGCGCGACGGCUUGUCAAAAUGGAGUAUCCUCCUCUUCCUCAGCAUGUUGAUUGGAUUGAGCAAGAUUUUGGUCUGCGCUUGCUAUUCCAGCCUGGCAAUUGCCACCAAUCGUUCCGUGCCAAAGCAGCAACGUGCGAAAAUGAAUGGCAUUCUAUUGAUUGGCUCGAGUAUUGCGAAAGGAAUGGGGCCAAUCUUUGCGGGAUUCUUGGUAUUCGUAUCAUUUUCAAAAACUACGUUCUGCAUUCCGCCGGAGCACGGAUCCAUCUUAAUCUUUGGGACGAUUGGAAUAAUGGGAUUGUUGACCACCCGAUUGGCAGUAUGGCUUGAGCGAGCUGGACAGGAGAUGUCAUUGCCCAUUGCUUAG